UCGAUAUUCAUUAACAACAUCACUCAUUAUAUACCAAAUAAUUAGUGGCGGGCAUUUUCAUGCUCAAUGUUUUGAAUGAUUUCGAAUUAAUUUGAAAUAAUCAACUCGAGAGAUUUUUAACUAACAUGACUUUGUGACGUCGUAAUUAACUGCUUACGUGCACUUUACCCAAGCUCUCGAAGGUUGCUCACUCACUGCGUUAAAGAGAGCAAAAGUGAAAUGGCUGGAUUCGGAAACGCCCCAUCAGCAACUAAAGUGGCCUCUGUGUUCAUUGGCCUGGGGUUUAUUCUUUUUGUGGUAGGUUUUGGGGCACCAUACUGGGAAAAAUUUAUUCUUGGAGGAUACGGGGGCUUAUGGAAAAUCUGCGGCCAAGUUCUAGGCAUUGAGGGAUGCGCAUACUACACAGAUCUAGAAGAAGUGGGGAAAAAUACUUAUCUUCCUGACUGGUUCGAAUCCGUGAGAGUGUUCGAAUCGAUUGGUUUGGUUGCUGCCGUUGUCGGCGUUGUUUUCCUCGUCCUGUACACGUGUAUAUCAAAGACUGCUGGAAAUAAAAUAGUGGCCCUUCUCACUGCAAUAAUUACUUUAGGAGCAGGAGCGGUGAUCCUGCUGGGUGUCAUCAUUUUCGGUUCAAAGAAAGACAUGGACUACUUGGACUGGGCUUUCGGGCUUGCCGCUGUCGGUGGUUGCUUUUACGUCAUUUCCGGUGUACUUCUUUUUGUGAGCAUGUGUUCUUAGAAUCUGAAUCUUAAAAAUGGCUUAAUUGAUCGUUUUUAUACUUUUUAACGCUUGGAAGUGGUUGAACAGUUUAUGCUUGUUUAUAGCAACACUCCUUAUCACUGUAUUUUAUUAAAAUGAAAUUACAUCA